AUGAAGCUUACAGGAGACAACUGUAAAAUGAUUCCUGAGCCAGUAGAAAUGCCUCGCAGCAAGAGUGUGGAGCUCGUGUGUGCAGAAAUAGCCACAGUGUGUCGAGACUUCGCUAUUCUGGAAGAUCAUACCUUGGCCCAUAACUUACAGGAGCAAGAGAUUGAGCAUCACUUGGCAACAAAUGUUCAGCGUAAUCGUCUGGUGCAACAUGACUUGCAGGUGGCCAAGCAACUGCAAGAAGAGGAGGAUCUGAAAGCACGUGCACAAAUCCAGAAACGCCGAAAAGACUUAGAACGACAGGACUGCGAGAUUGCUCAGGAAAUCCAAGUGAAGCUGGUGUUUGAAGCAGAGCAGCGCCGCAGGCAAGAGGAGAAAGACGAGGACAUUGCCCGUCUCCUACAACAGAAAGAACUGCAGGAAGAAAAAAAGCGCAAGAAGCACUACCCAGAAUCCCAGGGACACACGGGCUAUGAAGAUAGCUAUUAUGCAGAAAAUGGAGGCGCUAAGUUGAGGGGGACAAAGCAAGCCGUGUAUGACACACCUCGAAGGGAACAGGAGUUGUCUGAUGCAGAGAUUGCUCGGAAGCUGCAGGAGGAAGAGCUCCUGGCUAAUGAGGCAGAUCAGAAGGCAGCUCAAGUAGCCCAAGAUGAGGAAAUUGCCCGACUCUUGAUGGCUGAGGAGAAAAAGGCUUUCAAGAAAGAGAAGGAGAGAGAAAAGUCUUCCUUUGAAAAGAGGAGGCAUGAUCAAGACUGGAAGCAUGAUGCAAGCGAGUCCACGCGCUCAAGGUCAAGAGAAGGGCCUGAAACUCAGCGACACAAAGGCGACAGGUCUUCAAGGUCACAGCCUCUCCUCAAUGACUUUGAACACUCUCGGUAUUACACGAGCCAGCCCAGCCCCUUGCGCCAGACCCCCAGACCUGAGCACUCUCCUAAAGGUUCCCGUAGGAAGCAGUAA